UUUCCUAAACUCUGUUUAUGCCAUUUUUCCAUCCUCAUUGUCUUUUCAUAAUCUUCUACUCUCUAUGCCUUCUACUUUGUUUGCCUAAUUCUCUUAAUCGAAGCAUGGCAAUCAUUGCCACGGUUAUGUAUGUGUGCAUAGAUUUAAUUGAGAGAGAAAUUGGGGAGAAAAACAAAUAGCAAAAAAGAGACUGCAAUACAGAGAAGAUUCAGAAAGUAGUAUGAAGUGGGGAAAUUUCAGUCAAGUUGCAAAGCAAGUGAGUGAAGUUUCCAAGUCAAAAGCAGUGGAGAAAGAAGACAUAUUGCAUUUUUAUCUGCUGGAAACGUGAAGAGUGUACUCGGUAAAUAGUUUUCUUCUAGUUCAUUUUGUAUGAAUGGCUUUUGAGUUUUGAAAAAUGUUGAAAGAAUCAAUCUCAGCAUAUGCACCCUUCAAUCCCAGAACGGGCUCUCGGGUGAACACCAAAAAGUAUUGUAGUCGAUGGAUUAUUGUCAAAUAAUUGAUAUGAACUUGGGCAAUGUAUUCUAGUUGCUCUUGUCAAAAAUAAAAGUAGUAUGAACUGCAGCAAUUUCGGUGAAGUUGCCAAGCAAAGUGAUUGAACUUUCCAGCUCUAUUAUUGUCAAAAACUAGUCAUAUGACUUGGACAAUUCAGUGCAGAAAAAGUCAAAAGCGGUGGAAAAAGAAGACAUAUAUGAUAUAUAUACCACACGAAUAGAGUUUGGGAAGUGGAAAAGGCAUUAGAAAGCAAGUGCAUUAUUAUCACCUGGAAACAUAAACAUUGUACUCGGCAUACUUUUCUUCUACUUCAUUUUGAAUCAAUGGCUUUUGUGUUAUGGGAAACGUUCACAGAAUCAAUCACAGCAUACGCAGAUCUCUCUCCUGCGACUUUCCUUACAUCUCUAACCUUGGGGCUUGCCUUGUUCUACGCUAUUUCAGUGAUGUUUAGGCCCUCUGCUCAGCCACACCAGCAGUACUGUUCGGUGGUGAAAGACAAGAAUGAAGUUACAGUGGAUACCACAACUAGUCAAUUAGCAGUUGUCACCUCAUCCCCUCUAUGGGAUGUCUUUUUGAGUUUUCGUGGCCAAGACACUCGCACAAAUUUCAUUUCACAUCUUUACCAUGCUUUGGAUCAGGCAGGGAUCGUAACCUUCAAAGACGAUCCUGCACUUGAAAAGGGUGAAGAAAUCUCAUCAGCUCUGCGUCAAGCAAUCACAAAUUCUAAAAUGUUUGUACUAGUUAUCUCACAGAACUAUGCUGCUUCGUCGUGGUGCCUUGAUGAGCUUGUAGAGAUCCUGAGUUGCAAGAGAACAAAGAAUCAGGUUAUUCCAGUAUUUUACCAUGUUAAUCCAUCAGAUCUACGACACCACAGGGGGAGUUUUGGCGUAGCUCUUAAAAAGCAUGAGAAGCGUCACUCUGUUGAUAGGAUUCACAAGUGGAAAUCUGCGCUUACUGAAGUCGCAGCUCUAUCAGGUUACCAUUUGGAAGACGCAAAAGAGAGUGAAGCAGAUACAAUUCAAAAUAUUGUUGACAAUGUUUUGUCACAAGCAUCGACAAAGGUCGUACACCUUGAAAGAUGUUUAUUUGGGAUAGAUCUUGCUGUCGAAGAGAUAUAUGGACAACUAGGCAUCGAGUCAGAUGAUGUUCGCGCCCUUGGAAUAUGUGGGAUGGGUGGAAUUGGGAAAACUACUAUAGCCAAGGCUUUCUACAAUAAGUAUGCCCACAAAUUUGAUGUAAGCUGUUUUAUGGAAAAUAUAAAACAAAAUUCACAAGGAGCUAGUCCUCUACGUUCUUUACUUCAAAAACUCUUGAAAGAGCUUCUCAGAGCCAAGGAUUUUGAGGUCCGUGAUGUUCAAAGUGCACUAAGAAAAUUGGGAGAAAUUCUUAGUUAUAAGAAAGCUCUGCUUGUUUUCGAUGAUUUGGACCAUUCAAGCUACUCAGACUUGCUAGUAAGGAUUUGCGAGCUGAUUUCAAAUGGUAGAGACGGUAGCAGAAUGAUAAUUACGGCAAGAGAUUUAAACCUCCCAAAUCAACUAAAAGUACAAAUGUCAAAAGUAGAUACAUAUAGGGUGAAGCAUCUGAAUGAAAUCAAUUCACUAGAGCUCUUUAGCUAUCAUGCCUUUAAACAAUCAAAGCCUCCCGGAAAAUACUUAGCUCUGUCUGAAAGUUUUGUUACUUAUGCGGGAGGCCUUCCACUAGCUCUAAAGGUGUUGGGUUCAUCUUUGCGCGGUAGGACAGAUAUGUCAUUCUGGAAAGUUAAAUUGGAAAAAGUUCAAAAAAUUCCAAUGGAAAAUAUCCAAAGGAUCCUUCAACUGAGUUACGAUGAGUUGGAAGAUAAUACACAAAAGGCUAUUUUCCUUGAUAUUGUAUUAUUCUUCCUCGGAAAGAAGAUAGAUGAGGCUGUUGAUGUAUUCAAAUCAUGUGAUUUGUUUCCGGAGUGUGGGAUACCAAUUCUAGUUGAAAGAUGUCUACUAACCGUUGAUUUCGAUAAUACGCUUCAAAUGCAUAAUCUUGUAAAGGACAUGGGAAGGAACGUUAUUGAUGAAGAAUCCAAACAUGGCAGGUGUCGGCGCUUGUACUUGGAAGGAGCAUCACAGGCUUUGCCAAAUCAGGACAUGGAUAAAGUUGAAGCCCUAAUUGUAGAUUGUACAACGUCAAUCAACAAAUACUGCAAUGCCAAGCUAUUCGAAAGGUUGCCAAACCUAAGAUUAAUAAAAUUAGUUGAUGUCUAUGAUAUCAAAGGAAAUUUCAAAGCUUCAUUUGAUGAGUUGAGGUACAUCAGUUGGCAUGAUUGUCCUUGGACCCAUUUACCUUAUGGUGUUCAUCUACAAAAACUUGUUGUUUUAGACAUGCCAUUCAGCCGAUUUGAAACAUUGUGGAAGAUUGCUAAGUUGCCAUCCUUGCGUCACUUGAAUUUGGAAGGAUGCAAAUACUUGAAGGAAUUGCCGGAGUCAAUUGAACACUUGACUGCUCUAUACCAUUUGAAUGUGAAUGAUUGUGUGAAUCUAAAACGACUUCCCAAACCCAUCACACAGUUGACUACUCUGAGUUGUUUGAAUAUGAGCAAAUGCAGCAAUCUGAAACAUUUGCCGGAGAAGUUGGGCGAAUUAAAAGGCUUAAAGAGGCUUGAUGCAAGUUCUACAGCAAUUGAGCAACUUCCAGAUUCAAUUGCUCACUUGAAUAAAUUAGUUUAUUUGAAUUUGAGUUGCUGCAAGAAGCUUAGAAAGUUACCUGAGCAAUUCGGGAACAUGGAAGCCUUGGAGACAUUUCAUGCAAGUUUUACAGCAAUUGAGCAACUGCCAGAUUCAAUUGCUCACCUGAAGAAGUUAAUUUCUUUGAGUUUUGGUUGGUGCAAGAAGCUUAGAAAGUUACCUGAGCAACUUGGGAACAUGGAAGGCUUGGAGAACUUUGAUGCAUCUUUCACUGCAAUUGAACAACUGCCAGACUCGUUUUCAAACCUGCUUAACUUGGUCCAUCUGAAUCUGCAUAAAUGUUCACAGCUGAAGAGAUUGCCUGAGCACUUGGGGAAGAUGCAACGAUUUGAAAAGGUACAUGCAUCUUAUACAGCAAUUGAAGAAUUACCAAAUUCUAUUGGAUUACUGCCUAGGAUUACAGAGUUGGAUAUCAGGAAAUGCAAGAAGCUUACAUAUGUUCCAAAGAGCAUCUGCAAUCUAAAAUCACUUGCAAAGUUAUAUCUUACCACCCGUGAGGACAUAAUAAAAUUUGAGUGGAUUGAGGCUAUGAAUGAUAUCAACUUGGAGAACCUCAUUCUGAGUUGUAAUAUAAGAGUUUGUUUGCCCAUGAUUCUAAGCUUCUCAUCUCUGAUAUAUUUAAGACUCUAUGAUGAGUGCGGGAGUCCCUCCCCAACCAAACCCUUUAGUUUCUUUCAGCUUUUCAACCUUACAUAUCUUUUUUUGACUAACUGUACAAGUCAUGGUUCCUCCUUUCCCGAACUACCUCUGAAUUUAAGAACUUUAGAGGUAAAGAGGCACGCUUCACUAGAACAAGUACCUGAUUUGUCCUACCUCAAACACUUGAAGUUUAUGUCCAUAAUGAGAUGCUGCAGCCUUCAAUCUCUCCACAAGCUUCCACCUCAUGUUUUCAGCCUUAAAGUUGAAGAUUGUACAAGCCUACAAGACUUUCCAGAUCUGUCAAUGUUGAGAGACUUAAAACACCUGGAGGUUUUGCGCAAUGGCAGCAAUUUAAAAGUCAGUUUAGAGGAGAAUCACCUUCAGCUAAGCACAUUUAGAGCUACUCUACCAAACAAGGAAAUUGCAGAGUGGUUCGACUAUAAAAACAGGGAAGGCUGCACACUAUCCUUUGAUGUUCCGCCAAACUUGGGAGAUAACUUCCUGGGUCUCGCCUUAUGGGUCGUUCAUAAAUGCUCCCCUGACCGAUGGUCAAGAGUUGAAGCUGUUAUCACAAAUGAAACAGAGGAUACGACAGCUGCCCCGAUUACUAUUGGUUCUAAUUAUGGUAGAAAGGGUGACGUACACUCAAGUAUACAUUGCAUAUGGGCAGAUGACAUCUCAAUGAAGAGCGGAGACAAAAUUAUGAUUUCUUAUCCUGACCCAGAAGUGAAUAUGUGCGGGGUUCACAUACUAAAAUAG